ACACACACACACACACACACACACUCACUCACUAUAUAAGUACAUAACACAUCACCAUACAACGAAUACCAAUCAAUCCAGACUCGCCCCACUUGCAUAUUCUCUUCACUCACGUUCUUCUCUUAUUGAAAAUGGGAGAAUAUAGAAUCAAUCUCCCUCCUGGUUUCCGAUUUUAUCCCACGGAUGAAGAGCUCGUUGUUUAUUUCCUUCGUCGUAAGGCAGCCCAUUUACCUUUCCACCCUGAUGUCAUCCCUGAUGUCGAUCUCGGCCGCUACGAUCCAUCGGAACUCAGUGGUAAGGCAUUAGAAGCAAAUAAUCAAUGGUAUUUCUUCAGCCAAAUGACCCAAAAUCGAGUUUCAUCGAAUGGAUAUUGGAAAACCGUUGGUUAUGAUGAACCCAUUACAAGUGGGAGCAAGACAGUAGGCAUGAAGAAAUCUCUUGUUUUCUACGUUGGUGAAUCUCCAACGGGUAUGAAAACCAACUGGGCGAUGCACGAGUAUCAGCUCUUGGAAUGUGGCACAUCUACUAGCAGCAGAUCUUCUAAAAGGAGAGGAAAACCAAAGAUUGCAUGGAACGAGUGGGUACUAUGUCGUGUCUACGAGAAUAACUGCGGUUCGCAGUCGGGCAUCUGCGACGACGGGACGGAGACGGAUCUAUCAUCUUUAGAUGAAGUUUUCUUGUCAUUGGAUGAUCUGGACGAAAUAAGCUUGCCGAAUUAGAGGAAAAUAGAAAAUUAAAAUUGUAAUUACGAACCUUAAUCAAGUGUAAAAUUCCUAUGUUUGAUUGGGUUAUUGGAUUGGAUUGAUCACGUGGGGAUAGUGGAGUCCUUGGACCACUGUAUUUUUGCUUUGAGAAAUUACACUAGGCUUCUUUUUUUACCUC